AUGGCUGGAAGUGAGACGUUCUUGCCUUCGACGAUGCCCAUGGCAGUGACACCAACGGAAGAAGAGAUUACAAGUAUGCAUCGAUUCAUUGAAAAUGCAUUAGCGUUACUUGUUAAGGGGAAUGCCAAGAGCUAUCAGUAUUUAAUUCAGCAGUUGACGCUAUUACCGGCACCAGUUGCUACACGUCGUAAGAUUUUUCGUGCUUUACCACGCUGUAUCUCUACCAUAUCACGAGAACCAAGGGCGUAUGAAGCAUUACUGGAUAUUCUGUUUAAAUUUAAUCUACUGGCUACGGAUGAUCCAGACGAAAUGGAAGACUAUUUGAGCUUUAUUGUUCACUUGGUGUCUUCUAAUACCGUCUACGUUGUACCAACUCUACACAUGCUUGUACGCAACAUGCGUCGUCCACAGGAUAAGGAACUAUCAUCCUUUGAGUUGCGAGCUCUUGCAGCGACAGAGCAGAAGAAACAACAACAAGAGGUCAAGAAAGCUGCAGUCAACCUGGCUACGACAGAAGGCGGCUCUUUUAAUAGUGUUGUGUUGAUGUCUGCUGUUGAGACGGGACAGGAAAGACAAACUGGGGCAAGUCUGGACGUUCGUAUCCAGGCGCGAUUUGAAAUAGCACAUCGCACACUCGAGCGUGUACUUACGUUGGUGCCUACUGCAACAAAUGUGCUGUUUCCUGUCUUGUGUGAACACUUUCCGCACAAACGAAUGGACGCAAUCACUCAGGUGGGAUAUCUACGGAAUAUCUUGCACGUGACGAGUUAUGUUGGAGGACUUCGUGAGCGUGUGCUCGGGCUAGUGGUCGACCAGUUAGUGGCGAUUGAUGUGGAGAUUAAAUUGGACGAGAGUGAAGAAGACGUCUUCACAAUGGACGAUUUUCUGAAUGAUGAUUUGCUGCCACCUGAUGAUGCCUCGUGUCAAGUGGACGAAAUGGCAGAAAAGCUUGAUCAAAUGAUGCUUGUGAUGUUUGAGCACAUUGAGCAGUCUGCUGCAUUGAAUCCAAUCACGUCCUCUAAGAUGGCAGCAACUACUAAAGAUAGCUACAGUGGGAAGAAUGUGGACGUGCGCCAAGCCGCACUUGUUUUCAAGGAUCUACUUAAAGUGUUUGAGCAUUCUAUCCUUAACACUCAUCGGUCUAAGUACCCGCAAUUUUUGCUAUUUUACGUGUGCUGCUUGGAUUCCCAGUUUCAGGACGUUUUCAUUUCUCAACUGUUGGCCUCGUCACUAGACCCACAGACACCACCGACCACACGUCAGAGCUGUGGCGCCUACUUGGCUAGUUUUCUCGCUCGCGCCAAGUACAUUUCUGUUGCGUAUCUUCAGAAGGCUCUGUAUCACCUGCUGAAGUGGCUGCAUGACCAGAUGGACAUCUACGAUGCAGUGCAUCAGGAACAGCAAGAACAAGAGAACGGUAGGGUUGGCGAAACCGCUGCUGAAAGAGAAGAGCGGCUGCUGGAGGGGGUUGCAAGUUUGGAGAACACAAAAGGACGCAGCUUUCAGGAGAGCAUAUACAUUUCCUCUCUGCAGACUGUGUGCUACAUGAUGUGCUUCCGAGGAUUGGAGAUUGCCACCAGCGACGAUGGUGCUGGCUACGAAUUUUUGCGUAGCCUUGGCUGGGAGCGACUUAUUGUCACUAGUAGCGGCUACUGUCCACUGGCAUAUUGCCAGCAAACGGUGGCCACCGAGUUCUUGAAUCUGGUGGAGGCGUUCGAUUUGGUGUCAGAGGAAUGUCUCGAAUGUGUGGAUCUGGCUAUUGGUGCAGUCUCUGCGUCUAGUACUAAAACGGCUAAGUCAAUGGAACGCUCAAAAAAGCCUACAGCGGGAUCGGCUUCUUCUUCCACUUUGCUUAGUCAACGGCAACCUCUUGAGACUUUCUUUCCAUUCGAUCCAUAUCUUUUGCGCCGAUCUUUUCGAUAUGUUGGGCCGUUGUACUUAUAUUGGAAACACGCUGACCCGACAUCGAGUGAAAACUGCGAGUUGUUGGAGUCUGUAAAGGCCACUGUUCGGCAAAUGCACGAGGACGCAGAAGAAGAAGAAGAAAAAGACAGUGAAGAAGAUGAGGAUCUGGUACAAGAGGACGCUAACAUGGCUGGAAGCGUGACAAAUCAAACAUGUUCCGUAAACUCUUCUUAUUACGCUGAUGGCUACAUGGACAAUCUCAGUCGGUCUUGCAACAUGUCGGCAAGUUCGUCGUACGACGGUGAAGGCUUUGGCGAUGAAGGCCGCACAUCAGUAAAACGCAUGCUGCCUUCACGUACCAUGUUUAAACCGUCUCCAGCUCUUUCGGUAAGCUCUCCUCCAUCAAGAUUACCACCGUUAGGUGCCGCUGACGCUUUCACACUUAGCGGCUUUGACGAGGACGACGAAGACCACGGAUUCUAA